AUGGGGAAGAGAGUAUACGAUCCAAUUCAUGAUACUUUCCAACUACGAGAAGACAAUUCUGACGAAACAAAAGCAGAUUCUCCAAUGCAAUCUGUAAAAUCGGGAUCACAAGAAGAAGCAUCCCCAAGCUCCAUUCAAUCAGAGACCGAGACUGUGACUACAAAAAGCAUUCCAGUUAUACACGAGAUUGAAAUCGACGAUAAAAAUGAUGAUGACUCCACGCAAAGUGAAGAAGAAAAUACCAACAUCUUGCUCAACUUCGAACCUUCUACAGUGCCUGAAGCAACAGGAGCAAGUACGGCAACGGGGCCAGUGACAACUAACACUGUUAGAAGGAAACCCAAAGAAAGCAAUGCCAGUAAAUACAAUCGUCAUUUGAAGAAACCUGACGGCGAGCCAUUCAAUAGAAAGGACAUUCAGUUCAGUUUCAUGCAAGAACUGUUGAUGGACAAGAGGCAAAUCUUCACUAAUGUUCUAAAACCCCUAUACAAGAACUCUAUUGUACCCAUUAAUAUCGAUGGCGAUAAAUUAUCAAUCAACGUGACCGACAAAGAGUACGAUGCAAGGACAUUUGUAUUUAACGAUAAAUUGACGUUCGCACAAUUGUAUGUGUUGACAAUAGCCACUUCUAUCAAAUGUUCCAAAAUUCUCAGAGAUAAACUAUUAUUAGACCAACAAGUAGCAUUUUCUACUUGUGUUUUAGCGUUAUUGGUCAACAUUGGUAGGUUGAACACCACUAUAAAUUUUUAUUUAGAAAUGACAUCGCAAUUGAGAACUUUUCACUCCGUGCCAGUUUUACAAUUACAUGCCAAUGAUCCGAAACUUUUGCAGGAUACACCUAGACUGAAAUCUAUUCUGAAAAAUCUGCCGUGGGGCAAUGAGCAACUCUCAUUGAUGGAGACUUACAAAAAGGUCGACCAAAAUGAUGGUGAAGUGGACACCGUUAACAAAUUUAACAUUAUUAAUAUGUUGUUUAGCAUAUGUGAUAAUUCCGGCCUAAUUGACAAGAGGUUUCUUUCCAAGUAUGUGGAAGUCGAAUCGAAAGCUCAGGAGCAAGAUAUGGUAGAUGAACAGAAUGAAGUAAAAGAAACGGAAGCGGAAAAUGAAAAACAAGAAUCAAAAGCAGCUUAUGCAACAACAUUAUUUGAUAUACUGGACUAUUCGAAAUACGAGCCAAAGGAUAGAUCAAACAUAUUGAUUUGGCUGCUAUAUAUUCAUUUGGAGACAAACUUAAGCCAGGAGGAGGUCGAAGAAUCAGUAAGAUUUUUCAAUGGAUUGGAAGAUGGUGCACCUGCUGGAAAGUUCAUUUUAAGGUGUACGGAACGCAGUUACGACACGGAUCCUGAAGAUGAAUUAGAGUUCGGAGCCAACCAACGCAUCAAGAGAAGAGAAUUCAUGAGUAAGAUGGAGGAGGGUAGGAAGCGCGAGCGUACCAAUGUUACAGAGGUGAAAAAGCCCAGUAUCGGUGGUGACAAGAGUGAAGAGGACGGUGAAGGGGAAGAUGACAAGAGCGAGGAGACUGUAGAGGAGACUAGAUCACUUUUGACGCCUACGCCCAUACUGGAAUCUUCUUCACCCAUGACAUUGAACAGGAAAAAAGUCACACCACAACUGCCCAAAGUAACGCCAGCAGCACCAACAGAAACAGAAGAAGAAAUCACCUCCGCUGCUAUCAUUGACAAAAACGAUUUAAAUCUAACACCAUUGAAAAAAUACAAUAGUUCGGCUACGGUAAACAAGGUCGACAAGCUAAUAUCGCUAGAUCUGAACAAGCAUGUGUCAGAAAAUGGUAAGACACAAGAGGAGUUUCUCGCCGAUUUGAAAAAAUCCCAGGUGCCAAACAGGUUGAAAAGACGCGAUAUUGGGUUAAUCAAGAUAUUCAAUGAAUUUGAAGACAUCCCCGUAGCGUCAGUGCUUGGGAUUCGCGGUAAAAAGAGAAAGAAAUUCAAAGAUAAUUUGCUUGGAUUUGAGACGGAUUUCAUGAAAAAUCUCGGCGCUUCAAAGAAAGUACUUUUAAAUAAAAUCGAACGCGCGGAAAUUGAUGACGAAGAAGCAACCGCCAUGUUUAAGCUGGAGUGA